UAUAAAAAACCAAUAUGUCCGAACAAGAGGAAAACGAGGAGGAAACGGAAGCUGAGGUCGUGCAAAAGGAAGAGCCGACAUUUGGCGAGCACAUCAUCGAUUUGAAUCAUUCAUUCGGUUACGACUGCAAGCGUUUCUUCAAUCUGGUGCUGCUCGGUGAAAAAACGCUGGUUUUCGCGUCCGGUGAUUACUUGCAUUACUUCGAUAUACCCACGCGCACGGUAACAUUUCGCAAGACCGUCUUCGGCGGUGGCAUUGGUUUCAUAACGCGCAACGAACAUCCCGACUUCAUCGAUCUCUUCACCGUUGCCGAGAAUGGCGUACGGCCGACCAUCUUCAUAUACGAAUAUCCCACGCAUGCGGUGCGCAUCAAGUUGGAGAAUGCGGCCAAAUCGUGCUUUACCUGCGGCUCAUAUAACGCGACCGGCGAGCUCUUCGCCUCGCAAGCCGGCUAUCCCGAUUUCAUGCUCACCAUUUGGCGCUGGCAAAGCGGCGAGGUGGUCUUACGCUCCAAAUCCUUUCAAAAUAAUAUACUGCAUGUACACUUUUCGCACUUCAAUCCGAUACUGUUGGCGUCCUGCGGUCUCAGUCAUAUCAAAUUCUGGAAGAUGGCCAACACUUUUACGGGACUGAAGCUGAAGGGCGAAUUGGGUCGUUUCGGCAAGACAGACUUCAGUGACAUUUGUGCGAUUUAUAUGUUGCCCGACGAGAAUGUGAUCUCCGGUUGUGAGUGGGGUAAUAUGCUGUUGUGGGAAGGCGGUUUGAUUAAAUUCGAAAUCACGCGUAAGGGACGCAAACCGUGUCAUACCAAACCGAUUACGCGCAUCACCAUGGAUGAGGGUGAGGUGACGACUGUCGGUAUGGAUGGUUAUGUGCGCAUUUGGUAUUGGGAAACCGUCGAUUUGGCUGAUCCGCCGGAUGAGGAUCGUUUUGUGGAGAUUGAACCGAUUUAUGAAUUCAAAGUUGGGGACUGUGAAAUUCGUGGCCUGCAGAAGAUUAAGCCUUUCGAUAAAAAGGAUUUUAGCUACUAUGCGCAGGACGGCAACGGCGGCAUUUGGUUCUGUGAUCUAAACACUUACGAUGUGCCCCAAACGCCGAGAAAACUCUACAAUUGCCAUGGCGGUAAAGUCGUCGCGGCACAAGCGAGUCCCGUCUCCACGCAUCUCAUGACCCUGGGUGAGGAUGGCAAAAUGUUCCUCUUCAAUUACAUAACGAACGCUUUAGUGUUGGAGAAGAAGUUCAUCUCAUCGGGUAGUGAUUUCAUUUGGUUCUCCACGAAAGUCUCCAGCACUGGUAUGGAUUUAGUUGCCGGCUUCGAGGAUGGCAUACUGCGGCAGCUGGUGCUGGACAUGCGCAAUGAAAAACAUAUAGAACUGCAUUUCGUACGUGCGAUUAAGGCGCACAUCGGUCCGAUAACGAAGUUGGCCAUCAAUCCACGGCAUACAUGUCUGGUGGUGUCCUCCGCUGACAAAUCCAUAUUUGUCUAUAAUAUUAAGGAUAAAGAAAAUAAUAUGGUGUAUUUGAAACCCAUGGGUUUUGUGGUGCUCGACGCUGUGGUGAAUUGCUUCAAUUGGAAGAACGAUGAGUUCUCGACAGUGUUGAUGGGUUGCAAGAGUGGUGAGGUCUACGAAUAUCAAAUUCCCGGACGCGUCACAGACGAACAAACUUUUCUCACCUACAACAUCACCGAUGCGCACAAACUGAAGUCCACACGCUUUGUCUCUGUAAAGAGUCGCAUAAGGCGAGAUCAAAAGCGCGAAAAGAUCAAGAAGCGUAAAGAGAAGAAACGUCAAAGGAAAUUAGUGGAAAUCGAUAAGUUGAAGGCCGCCAAUCCGGGUUUGCAAAUUGAUCUGGAGACCGCCUUGGCCGAUUCGGAACCCGACGAAGAGGAAGAACCUUUACACAUACCAGCUGUGCCGAAUCCAGUGAUUUGGCUCCGGUAUACACGUGACAGCACCAUUUGGGUGUCGAUGGGUGGCUAUGAUGCGGGUUACAUUUAUGAGCUGAUUUUUGGCUAUGCGGAGCCCUAUAAGUGCACUGUAAUUGCGGACGGCGAUGAUUGCGAAAUACACUCUUACUUAACCAUUGAGGACUACUUAAUUUUUGGUUUGGUGAAUGGUAAAUUGCGCAUAAACCGCACAUUGUCCAAUGAUUUCACCGAUUUGCGCGAUUAUCGUCUCUUUCCGAUGCAUGAUUCGCAUAACGGGAUUAUAACGCGCAUAUUACCCAGUUAUGAUGGAAACUACAUAUUCACUGUUGGACACGAUGGCAAUAUAUUCUGCUAUAAUUGGCAUGGACCGAAAGUGGUGCAUGGUGGUCCCUUGGAAGCGGUCGCAUACGCCAAUCUUAAAGACCUACGCGCCGAUGAUAUAGACGAUCCAGAGUUUCCAUCGUUGGAGCAAGAGAAAAUCUAUGCCGAGAUCAAACGCAAAGAGGAAGCAGCGCUGGCGCACGAUCGUAAAGUGCUAGCACAAAUCGGUGAAUUACAAGUGAAAUUCAAUGAUAUUAAAGACGAUAUGUUGACACUGGAAGAGGAGCUGAUAUUGCCGCAUAAAAAUCUGCUGCUCGACGAACGCAUAACCAAGCAGAUUCGGGAUGAACUGCAGGCGGAAUUGGAUGAUGUACGCGACGAUUUGGCAUACGACCUCGAGGUGGCAGAGGUGGGCAAGAAUAAAUUGUACGGUCACUUUCUAGAGAACUUGGAUCAUGUGCCGAUCACAGUGAGUGGCAUCAGCAAAGAUAUCAAGGUAUCUUCGUUUCGCGUGGAAAAACUGGGUGAAGAAUUUCAAAAAAUCAAAGACGAGAUCGAGGAACGCUUAAGAGCCGAGGCUGCCAAACGCAGCGAGGAAGAAACGACUGUUCCAACACAAACUGAGUCCAUCGCACCCAUUGUUGCGGAAGAGAAGGAACCCAGCAUGCCCGAACCAGGUGUAGAGAAUUUCUUCUUCGGUCGUGAUCCCAACACGAUCAUACCACGCUUCAGUAAGAAAAUGUUGCGAUUGUUGCGACGUUAUCGCUCUCGUCAAAUCUACGAAGUCGAGCGCAUUUAUACUUGGGAGCGCAUGGAACUUUGUAAACCUGAUCCGAACAAGAAUCAUCCGGAAGAUGAUCGAAAAAUCGCCGAUGCCGAACGGAAUUUGGGUGACUACAAGCUCAAAAUUGGUUUUGACUAUGAGCCGCGUACCAACGAAUCGCUAACAUACAAAUACAUUGAACUGGUGAACGCCAGACAGGCGCAUUACCUCACUUUGGAUCACUACAAUAAAGAACUCUUCCAACUGCGCAAACGCAAAUGGUACUUGUACGAGUAUAUAGAAGAAUCGCGCAAACGUUUGAAACACUUACAUGAAUUUUUACCGUUCGCAAAUCGCGAAUAUUUGAUACCCAUCAGAGAAAUCAAUAUGAAUGAAGAAUACCCAGAGCGUAAUCUUGAGGAGCAUUGUAAACCUGGCUGUGGCAUUGACAUUGAAGAUAUACUAUAUUUGGAGAAAAAAGUUGACGAUCUCUUACCACAGCCGAAGGCCACUACGAAGGAGGUGAAACUUUCGGUACGCGAUAAGAUCGAACAAUCAUUGUACAAGUCCUUGCAUGCAUUCGAAGUGGACGAGUUGCCCGACAUAAAGGAUAUACUGAGCGAAAUCGACAGUUAUCCCGGUUUCACGGAGCCAGAGUUCUUCGAACGUAACGAGGAGGGCUUUGCGCCAUGGGUAUCUGUGGUGCGCUACCAAUGGCUAAUCGACUUGAGAGAUGAGCAAAGUGGUUUAGUGUUGAAGGUAAAGAAUCGUGUUAAGGAUUUCGAUAAGGAUCUGCUUGAAAUGAUUGCCUUACGGUGUAAAGCUCUCUACGAGGCUGAGUUUAUGCACUGCUACAUGAUCACAUUAAAUCAAGAAUUAAAUAUUUUGCGUGACAGCGAAGAGAUCGAGAAUCAAUUGCUGUUCAAUGCCGAUGAGGCGAUGAAGACACGCAAUGAAAUGCAAGCGGUAAUCAAUUCGAAAAAUCGCCAAAUCGAAGAUUUCAAAAAGAUUGCCGAUAAACUGAACGAGCAAAUAUUGUCGGUGCAGCAGAAAUUCAUGAGCACCUGUAAGGGUCAUAAGUUUUUCGAUUUCUUGCGGCGUAUAUUUAAGAAGCGCUGGCGACCGCCAAAACCACCGAAGGCCGACGAUGAAUCGUCUGAGUCUUCAUCGAGCGCAGAAUCGUCCAGUGAGGACGAGGACGCGGAUGCUAAAAGUAUCGACUCAACCGAUAUGACGACGAUACGGCUAGACGAAAGUCACUGUCCAUCUGGACUUGAACGCAGCACAUACGAUUUGGCUUUUCAGUUACGCUCGGAGCGACAUGCUCUGGAAAGGGUAAUGCUGGAGACACAGAAGGGUAUUGAUCAGCGUCGCGCGGAUGUAGCUGAGCUGCAUAAGAAAAUGAAGUUCCACGAAGAGGUCUAUGCGCAAGAGAAGGAAACUUUGCUGGUGUUUCGGCGCAAGCGCCAGCAGGAAUUGAAUAAAAUUAACAUCUCCGUUAUAUUAUCAAUGGACCAAUUGCAACAUUUCAAAUCCAAUGAUACUUAUCUCGAUUUGAGUCGUGCCAUACUUUUCGAUGCCAAUCGCUUGAUUGCGCUUAAGGAACGUGUCGCCCAACUAAAUGACGAAACACAAGAGACACGACGUCUCCAUCGUAUCAACGUCGUGCAUUUACGACGCAUGAAUACCGACAUAAGCUUUAUGCGCAGCGAAAUAACACGACUGGAAAGUGAAAUCAAGCAAGAGAUGAUUAAGAAAUUCGGCAUGAUCAUCAAUUUGGAUGAAUUAGAGGAGGAGGUCUUACGUAGAUAUGUAUUCGAUUUGGAGACGUCCGCUGAGGAAGAGUUUAGGCUGAUAGAUAAGGAGAUCGCACGCAAAAAGCUGGAACUUGCGAAUCUAGAGGAGGAAUUGAUACGCGAGACCAAACUCAAUACGGAGAAGUUGAACAUACUGACAGUGUUGCAUGAGGAGAAAAACUUUUUGUAUACGAUUUUGAAAUCACAAGAGAAAAACUUUGAGAAGUGGAUGCAACCACAUAAAGUGAAUCUAGAUCGAGAUGUGGAGAAACUAACGCAAAUAUACAAAGAGCAAAAGCAAACCAUCGAGUGCUUGGAGCGCGAGAUUUGUACGCUGCGCUUGAAAUCCAAGCCGCUACAGCUCUUCCACGAAGUCGUCAAAGACGACAUAAUCGAUAAAACCGCUCAACAAGAUGACGGCGUGACUUGUCCGAAAUCCCUGGCAUCUGAAGCAUACCUGCAACGCAUGGAACCAGACCAAUUCACUACCGAUCGCAUACGGAAAAUCGUGCAGAAGUACUUCGCGCAAUGGUUCAAUCGUUAUGCCACAUCGGAUAAUAUACGUAAAUAUGCGAAAAAGGCCACACGCUAUCUGGCGCAGGCAGCGCACACAUUCGAGGGUAAGAUAACCGAACGCAUAUUGGAUUGCAUAACACAAGCGCUGGAGUCCAUGAUGCCGAAAAAGUAUCUAGUGCAUAUGUCCAAAGAGAAUUUGGAGAAGAUGUUUCGCGAUGUGCUCAACGCCUACGACUAUCAAACCUCCGAAGUAAAUACGGACGAACUGAUUAGCGGUAUCUAUCACAAUGUCUUGACGAGAUUGGGCCAAGAGAAGGCUGUGCUGAAUAAAACGCAAUUCAUUUUGUUGCGUCUGUUCGAGCAUUUGAUUGAACUUUUGCCAUUGGAAGAGUUCCAAAGUGAGAGGACCACGCGUUUGCUGAUGCAACUGCUGGGUGAUGAUGCGAAAAUCGAUCCGCGUUGCAUAAAUGUCGACGAUAUCGUUGAUAAGAUGGUGAAAUAUGCCCGUGAAAAUCUGCUCGACGGCAUAACUGCUAUGCCGAUUCGACGUUUGGCCGGCAAUCUCUACAAGGAACUGAGCGCACACAAGGCGGUGGGUGUGACCAUCCGAUGCACGCUUGAAGCUUCGAAAAGACAACCGAAUAAUUCUAAUAAAAACAAAUUUUAAUUUAUGUGAUGUGAAUUAAAUUUUUAUUUUUAAUUAAAUAAAAUUCAGUUAUUAUUAUUUAUUUAAUUAAAA